UUAAAAAAACUAUUCAUUUCCAGUAUAUUUCACGAACGUAUGUGUGUGUGUAUGUGUUUUUAACCGGUAGCCAACUCACCCGGCCCGGUUUGAUGCAACACGGUGCUAGGGAGACCCUUUAUUUCGAGGUAUUGCAUCACUCGUCGAAAUUGUGUUGCACUUGGGAACUUUAGUCGACGUGGUUUUAUAUUAAAAUGAUGACCCAUACAUACCAUCCAGAGAUGAUGCCGAGAUGGAAGCUGGUUAUGCUUUGAGGAAUGUCUUAGUAAGAGCUAAGAUGGAGAACAGACUAACUUGUGGAGUUUAUCAAGCAGCAAGGAAACUAGAAGUGGAGCCAGAAAGAGUAAUGCUGUGCAUUCAUGCUGAUCUUGGUAUCGUGGAUGUGGCCCAUCAACUCCACUUUGCUCUUCUAGAAGCAUUCUGCAGUGAAAACCAGAUUAGAUUACUCAAGGUUGGAGACACAACCCCUCUGGAAAAGAUCUGUGAAGGAACGGUACCCCUCACCCCCACGUCACCCGACUCUCCUGCUGAUUUCAGUGAUCUAUCAGAGCCCCUCCCUCGCAGUGAAAGAGCCCCAGACUUUUCAUGUGUUCUUGUCGAUUUCCCCGAGAAGAUGGACACGGCUUGCACAUCACUCUUUACACUCUAUGACCAUCUUGCAGAGGACAUGACCUUUCCACAGAUCACCUUGGCAACCUGAUUGGAUGUCAGCACAGGUCAAAGGUGACCGACCUUGACGGAAGGUCAUCGAUCAUCGCUGUUACUAUAGCUGCAGUCUUGACCGAGUGUUAAGAACAGAUGGCAGGGAUACUUCACAGGUGGACAAUGUCAAAGAAUGUUAUAUUGUUUCAUGGCAAGAAAGACUUGUGAUUUCUGAUGAAGGAUGACUAUGAUGUCAUAAUAAAGGACUGCAAUGACGUCAUAAAGGACUGCAAUGAUGUCAUAAAGGAUGACAUUGAUGUCGUGAUAAGGAUGAUGCUGUAUCACUGCCUGCCAAAGCUUUGAUUCAAAGAAGAGCGAUUAUGUAUUCUUCUGAAUGAUGCAUACUUUAAAGGGUGAAAGGUCAACAUAAAGAAUUGGGUUGCUGUUUUGUAUAUAAGGCAUGCAUGUAUCUCAAUAUUAUGUAUUGGAAAAUGAUCAUAUUGAAAGUAAACAAAGAAAGAAAUUAAAUAUUUAUAACAAAUAAAACAAAAAACAAAACAAAACAAAAUAACUAAAAAACAUCUGAAAAGAAAAUGUUGUAUAUACACAAGUAUUUCAUCGUUGGUUAUAUUGUGGGAAUCGUAAAGAUGAUUUGAUGAACAUAAUACUGGGAAAGUUGUGACAUUAAGUAUAGAGAAAGGUAUGCUGAGGUUUUGAAGUAAAUCAAACUUUGAAGAGAUGCAUUUUUAAUUAGUUGGUGUCAGUGGGCCUAGGGCUAAUGCUCAAAUUGAUGAAUCAGACACUGGCAACGAGUGGGUUGGCGUGAUGACAGACCAAAAAGAAGCAUAGAUUUGCUGUCUGUUUUGGAUUAAAAGCUAAUAUUAUUGCCUAUUUCGUGUAAGACACAUAGAAUGUACAUAUACAAUUCAUAUUUAUUUCAAAUACGUUUAUGUACAUGUUGUAUUAGUAUCGCAUGUACCACUAUCACUAAGUAUGUGUGUUUAUUAAACACGGCAGGUCUAUCAGUAUUAUGGUCAUAAGGUGGGGGAGGAGUGAGGGAGUAUGCAAGAUCUUUAAGGAUUAAAUGUUAAUCUAUUUCAAAAGUAGAGUUUGUACAUGUUUCAUAAUUAUAUCAAAUUUUAAUAGCCAUGCUUAACGAUGGAAAUAGUAAUAUAAAUUGAUAUGAAUGAUUCUUCAAUGUAGCCUAGUGGUAAAUGAUUCAGCUUUAUUUCUUUGGUUAUCCCAAGACAUGCUGAAUUAGCUGUUCUGUAUUUUCUGGCGUGUAAUACAAUAUGUAUUUAAGUAUUUAUUGCGGCAAUUAGAUUUUAUUAAAGUAAGGAACUAAGUGAAAGGCUGAAGAAAAAACCUGCUUGAUAAUUGAUUAGUUAUUGCUGGUUGGAUCAGGGGAGGGGGCACAAAAUAGUGUGUGUUGAUUUAAUAACUGAGUUGCACUAAUUGCUAGCUGUGCUUAAAUAUGCAAAUAUAUUCAGUGCACACGGUAAAGAAUGAACAAAGAAAUUAAUUGUAUCAAUUUGUGAUUGUCCAUGACUUUAUUAUACCAACUCAUCGUCAACAUAUUUCUGUUUUAGUAUAAUUGUCAAGUAGCUUACAAGUAUUGAAAUUUGCCAGGGUAUUUCGUUGCAUGAUAUUGUUAUCAGCUCUUAAAUUAUCCCAUGUACAGAAUAAUUAUCUAAUAAUAUUGUAAAUAAAUAUCAUGAAUUGCAUGUUGUACAUGUAAAAAUCUUAAAAGAUUAUAAACGUUGUGGUUAAUGCAUUGAUAUAAUAAUGUAUUGGAGUUUUAUCCAAGUAUUUAUAGUAUUCAACUAGUCGACGUUCGUUUGAAUUAUUAUGUAUGUUAUAUUUAAAGUAAUAAAGCUUACGUGUGUGACUAAAUAACUUAUCUUACCAGACAAUAACUAUUUGUCAAUAUUGUACAUAUGAAAUUCAAUAUAUUGUACAGAAGUGCUGAAAGAAAAUAAAUCUAAAUGAAACGUA